AUGGAUUACGGCCUCCAUGACCAACACGCGUCAUAUAUCCUUAGUCAGAGCACUCGGGAUGAGGAAGACGAGACUGAUCUGGAUGCUAGCUGGGUUAUGCUGUCUCGCUCUGGCAACAUCGAGCCCCUGCCACACGAGAGUAUACUACACAAGACAAAGGGGCGGAUAGGGCUGAGCUUGACGGCUCCGAACCAACCAGCCGGCAUCCCUCCUCUCUCCAUCAAGAGUGAUAGUGGCACUGCCUACAUAACGAACCAAAGGUUGAUAUACCUGCCUGCCAGUCCAGCAGAAUCAUUCAAGUCAUUCUCGUCUAAGAUACUGGGAUGUCAAGAUGGACGGAUGUGCUCAUCAUGGAUUGGCCCAUGGUACUGGGAGGCCAGUGUGCGACCUGUUCCCGACGGCAACAUCCCGCCCGAGUUCCCCAGAGUGAAUCUGAAAUUGACAUUCAAGGAUGGCGGGUCAAGCGAGUUUGAGUCAAAAUUCGUGGAACUAAAGGCACGACUCCACCAUGCCGCACAGAUUGCGGAAGAGUCGGGUCAGCGAAAUUGGGUGCAGACUGUUCACGACGAACAGCUUCCCGAGUACACCGCACCCUCGGGCGCUGGAGGCUCGAUUCCGGCGGCAGCAGCACCUCCGGCCGCUGAUGUGACAGCACGCGCCGACGAAGCAGCUCGGCAACAGUCAAUAAGCCAAUCUACCCCUGAUGAACCUCCGCCAGACUACGAUGAGGCGCAAGCCCAGGCAAUCACCAUGCAGUUCGAUGAGCGUCUGCGAGAGGAGGCAGAACGACAGUGA